CAGGCUCGCCCCCCGCCCCGAGCUCCGGCUCGGCAGGCUCCGUUCCGGCCGGCCCGCGCCAUGGAGCGCUCCGAGGCCUAUGGCUUCUCCGCCGCCAUCAGCGGCGCCUUCCUGCUCUCGUGCCUGCUCUUCUCGGCGCUGAACCGCGAGCAGCGCGCGCCCUACAUGGACGAGGCCUUCCACGUCCCGCAGGCGCAGGCCUACUGCGAGGGCCUCUUCCAGCAGUGGGACCCCAUGAUCACUACAUUGCCUGGCUUAUACUUGAUGUCUGUUGGAAUAGUGAAACCUGCAGUUUGGCUCUUUGGAUGGUCUGGAAGUGUAGUGUGCUCUACGGGAAUGCUCCGAUUUAUUAACCUCCUUUUCAGUGUUGGGAACUUCUACUUACUGUAUUUGCUUUUGUGCAAGAUACAUCAUAAAAACAAGACUGUGUCUGGUUUCCAGAGAAUCUUAUCUACGUUAACCCUUGCAAUGUUUCCUACCCUCUAUUUUUUUACAUUCCUUUAUUAUACAGACACAGGAUCAGUGUUUUUUACUCUGUUUGCAUAUUUAAUGUGCCUUUAUGGUAACCAUAAAACUUCAGCCCUACUUGGGUUUUGUGGCUUUAUGUUUCGUCAAACAAAUAUUAUAUGGACUAUUUUCUGUGGGGGAAGUGUGGUUGCACAAAAGCUAAGUGAAGCCUGGAAGACAGAAUUACAGAAGAAAAAAGAAGAAAGGAUUUCAGCCAUGAAGGGAUCAUUUUCAGAAUUAAUCAAAGUAUUACAAUUUCUUACUGAGUACAUCAUGUCAUUUAAAAACCUAGUAACUCUUAUUGUUCUGACCUGGCCGUACAUCUUCUUAGUAAUUGUGUUCUUUGCAUUUGUGGUAAUCAAUGGUGGAAUAGUUGUUGGUGACAGGAGUAGCCAUGAAGCCUGUUUCCACAUCCCUCAGCUGUUCUACUUUUUUUCCUUUACUCUCUUUUUUUCCUUUCCUCAUCUAAUGACACUUAAUAAAAUUGGAAAUUUCCUUCAAUCAGUACGGAAGCACUUGAUUCAAUAUAGCAUACUCAUUGCCAUCUCUUUAUUCCUGGUCUGGAAAUUUACAUAUGUUCAUAAAUACUUGAUUGGAGAUAACAGACAUUACACAUUUUAUGUAUGGAGAAAAGUCUUCCAAAGACAUGACCUUGUGAAAUACAUAUUUGUUCCAGCCUAUAUAUUUGCUGGCUGGAGUUUGGCUGACUCUCUGAAAUCAAAAUCUAUUUUCUGGAACUUAAUAUAUUUUGUAUGUGUAUUUGCUGUCACAGUUCCUCAAAAGCUACUGGAAUUUCGUUACUUCAUUUUGCCAUUUUUAAUAUAUAGGCUCAAUAUUCCAGUUCCACCUCUUUCCAGGCUUCUUCUUGAGCUGACUUUAUAUGUUGUUGUGAAUGCAGUAACCUUUCAUCUAUUUCUGAACAAAACAUUUCAGUGGCCAAAUAGUGAAGAAAUCCAGAGGUUUAUGUGGUGAUUUUGUACUCUUAAGAAGACUCAAUUCUGUGCCUUUUCUGCAAUGAAUAAGUGACUACAGGUCCUAAAAUUAAGUAAAGUGUAUUGCUAUGUGUAACUUUUCUGUGGACAGCAUAGGGCAGGGAUUGGCAACCUUUGGCCCGUGGCCCGUCAGGGAAAUCUGCUGGCGGGCCGGGACAGUUUGUU